UAGCAACCCAUAGAGCAGAUUGGGGUCUGUAGAAUAGGCUUUGAAUGGAGGGUGGGAGCAGGUUUAGGCUUAGUUAGGUGAUCAGGGCGCUGAUAUGGGGUAUGGCAAUGAUCAGGAUGCUGGUAUGGCAUAUGGGGUGAUCAGAACACUAGUAUGGGGUAUGGCGGUGAUCAGGGAGCUGAUAUGGGGUAUGGCAGUGAUCAGGAUGCUGGUAUGUCAUAUGGGGUGAUCAGAACACUAGUAUGGGGUAUGGCGGUGAUCAGGGUGCUGAUAUGGGGUAUGGCAGUGAUCAGGAUGCUGGUAUGGCAUAUGCGGUGAUCAGAACACUAGUAUGGGGGUAUGGCGGUGAUCAGGGCGCUGAUAUGGGGUAUGGCAGUGAUCAGGAUGCUGGUAUGGCAUAUGGGGUGAUCAGAACACUAGUAUGGGGUAUGGCGGUGAUUAGGGCGCUGAUAUGGGGUAUGGCAGUGAUCAGGAUACUGGUAUGGAAUAUGGGGUGAUCAGAACACUAGUAUAGGGUAUGACGGUGAUUAGGGUGCUGAUAUGGGGUAUGGCAGUGAU